AUGCAUUCUUUGCACAAAGUAGUCACAUUUCAUUUUCCCCUGUUCUGUGUAUCUCCUCUGUGUUCAAAUGCUGCUGUUGCUUCACUUCCAAAACCCAAUAAUGCACUUGUUGAAAAGGCUUGCACAUCUAUGCCUGACAAACCCUUCUGCUUAAACUACCUCAAAAGCAAACCAAAUGUUAUAUCAAAAUCAAAUCCGUUAGAGUUUGCACUUGCAAUUAUUCAAUCAGGAGCUGACGAUGCCAAAGUUAUACACGCGUAUUUGUCCAAACCCAAAGGAAAACAGAGCACAGAAGCAAUUCAGGCUUAUAAAAUUUGCAAAACAUAUUGGGAAAAUCUGGCUAGUGGAUUGGAAAGGAGUGUGAAGUUUAUUACAGAAGAACAAGGGUAUGGUAAUGACACAACAGAUUAUGAUCUUAAAGUGAAUCUCGACCAAGCCAGUUCAUGUACAACUGCGUUAGAGUCUGCAAAGAUUCAAGAUCCUGUUGUCAAACAAGGGGCGAAAAAAGUCUCACUUGCUGUAGGUGGAGCUGAUGCUAUUCUGGUUGGAGUUAAGCCUCCUAAAAAACUGGAUUAG